UCGUCUUUGCGGACUGACAUGAUUUGGACUUAACAUAUUAUUAUUGAGUUGUUCGAGUACACGAAUUAUAUAAGUGAGUCUAUGAAUUAAUUAACACAUUAAAUGAUUUGUUUUCAGUGUAAAAUUAUUUAUUUAUCGGUCCAUAAAGGAUUUAACCAGAAACGAUUAAGAGUCUACAAACACAGAUGCAUUAAUACUUUACCUGGAAUAUUGAUAAAAAGUGGAUUUUUUAAAAUAAUAAAGAAAACGCUGUGUAAACAGGAUGAUAUUUCAAAUAUUAGCUAUUCUUUGCGUCACUCGAUCAUGUUUGGCAGUGACGGUGAUAAUAAACGGGAAGGAGGUGGACUGUAAUGGCCAUUGUGCUUGCUGUGAAGGAGGAGAGGAUGAAUGUGGAUUAGCUGAUGGAAAAUCUGAUUAUUGUUUUAAAGAAUGUGUAAACACAAUAUACGGACACAGAUGCAAAAACUCAUGUCCUCAUAACUGCGCUACUUGCGACAAGGAUGUCGGCCAUCCGUGUUUUACUUGCAAGGAUUCAUAUUACGAUAUAAAUAGUGAUUGUAGCAAGAGUUGUUCUCUUGGGUGUGAUGGUCCUUGUAAUAAUGACGGAACAUGUAUGGCAUGUACAUCGAACUUUGAAGGAGCUAGAUGCGAUGUAUGUAUACCAGGGAAAUACGGUGAAGAUUGUUCUAUGAACUGCCAAAAUCAGAACUGCCGUUGUACAGACUUGAAUGAAUGUGAUUCAUGUAAAGAAGGAUUUGCUGGUGAUUUUUGCAUGGAAUGUGUAGCUGGAUAUUAUGGAGAAAACUGCAACAUAAGUUGUUCUAGCGGAUGCACAGGUGACAGUUGUAUGAAAAAUGGAGUAUGCAUUGAAUGCAUAACUGGAUAUUAUGGCGAACAAUGCAAAGACAUGUGUUCUAAGGGUUGUAGUGGUGGAGUUUGUUAUAGAAAUGGGACAUGUGCUUGUACGGAUAAUUUUAGAGGUACAUAUUGUGACGAAUGUGUUGUAGGGAAAUAUGGCGAAAAUUGUCAAAAUGAAUGCAGUGUUGGUUGUUCUAUAUUGUCUUGCGGCAAAGAAGACGGAUCAUGCCUUGGUGGAUGUAAAGAUGGACUCUAUGGCAUCAAUUGUUCUCAGAAAUGUACUGAUAUUGACAGUAAGUGUUUGAAAUGUACCAAGCUUAGUGGGACGUGUUUGAUGUGUAACAAAGGAUUUUACCGGAAUGAAAGUGGAACUUGCACCACUUGCAAUAGUAACUGUAAUAAUGGAGAGUGUAAUCCUGAAACAGGCAAAUGUAUAAAUGGCUGUGCAGAACGCUUUUGGGGAGACAAGUGUGACUUCAAUUGUAGUUCAAAGUGUGAAACGUGUCAGCAAGAUUCAGGAAUUUGUUAUUCGUGUACAGAUUUUACUGUUCAUGGAAUGUAUUGUAAUACAUCAUGCAGCAGUCUGUGCUUUGAACGCAAAUGCGAACUAAAGACUGGCUUUUGUUCCCUUGGUUGCUCGGGAGACUUCUUCGGACAUCUAUGUAACACCAAAUGCCCUGAAAAUUGUCUUCGAAGUGGUGCAGAAAUUAGCUGUGAUAAUAAUGGUCGCUGUAACAAUGGUUGCAUCGAUGGCUUUGAAGAAACUGACUGUACAGUAGCAGCGCUGCCAGUGGGCCCGCCAGUAGGUGCUAUUGUGGGGGGUCUAAUUGGCUGUCUUGUAGUCAUCAUUGGUGUUGUUGUUGCAAUACUCUUCUUUCGACGAAGAUCUAUUCGCCUACCUUUCUCGGAUAAAAGCAAUAGAAAUAGUCAUACAAUAAUCCAAGCUAACAUUACGGACGAAAAUGAAUUACCAUCAGCAAAUGAACGGACAUAUUACAACGAAGGACAGAUCAUGAGAGAAUCUAAAAAAACAAACCAAACUGGUACCCGGCCGCUAGCAAGAAUGCCAGUUUCCGUCAAGCAGCAUGAAUCUGCACGUGUGGUAACUGCAUCCGAAAACGAGAUUGACCUGGAGAUAGAUGACGAAAAAAAUACGGGUCUUGACAAGUCUUCCAAAGACGAUCAGACGUACUAUAAUGAACUUGGCUCAUUAAGUAAUAAGUCAAAAAUACCCAUUGGUCAACUCGUGCAGUAUGUGGAUGGAAAGAGUCCUGAGGCGUAUAGUGAAGAAUUUGAGAACUUUUCUCGCGGUCUAGUGAAGCCAUAUGUGGAAUCUCAGAAGAAGGAGAACAUGAGUAAGAAUCGAUACAAAGGCAUUUAUCCAUAUGAUGACUCGAGGGUAAAGGUUAGAGGUAGUGGCAGUUCCGACUACAUAAACGCAAGCUUUAUUAAUGGUUAUAAAAAGCCGAAGCAGUAUAUCGCCACAUUAGGUCCGAUGUCCAAUCAAUUAGGGGAUUUUAGCUUAUUUUGGAGAAUGAUUUGGCAACAGAGGGUUGAGAAGAUUGUUAUGGUUACCAACAUGGUUGAGCACAGUUCUCCUAAAUGCGAGCAGUACUGGCCGAACCUUGGCACAAAUAAGAAGUAUGGUGAUAUAAUGGUGGAGAACCGCUCGGAGGAUGAGUUUGCCGAGUUUACUAGAAGGACGUUCACAGUGACCCUGGGUACCGAAGAAAGGACGUUGCACCAUUUGCACUUCACGUGUUGGCCUGACAAAGCGAUACCCGACGAUGUUACUGCGAUGAUAGAGUUCCGACAGCGGGUUCUCAGUACUCAGAGUCCACUAAAUGGACCUACGCUUGUGCAUUGCAGCGCUGGCGUCGGACGAACAGGCACAUAUAUUGCCUUGGACAUCUUGACAAAAGAAGGUGAGGCUGAAGGAGCCAUUGACAUUGCGGGAUGUGUCACCAAAAUGCGCAAGAAUAGGCCAAAUAUGGUUCAGACAUUGGGGCAGUAUCAGUUUCUACACACCGCCGCGGUUUAUUCACUUACUUUCGACAGCAAACAAAUCAGGGGAGAGAACUUCAACCAGUACAUGAACAAAGUCACUACACAAGAACUGAACAGUCUGUUUACGCAACUGCAGCACACGGUCGAGAAACGAUCAAAAGAUGAAGCAGAAGCGGUUGAACGAAAUAAACAGCACCUGAAUAAAAACAGAGCAAAUGCUGAUAUCCCGGGAAACGAAAACAGACCCCAACUUCAUCUGAAUUUAAAACCAGGAGCUUCAGACUACAUCAAUGCUGUUUAUAUUCAUAGCUUCAGAAUCAAGAAACGUUACCUGGUAGCGCAGACUCCACUUCCAGAGACAAUCAUUGAUUUUUUGACGCUUGUUGUCCAAGAGGGCUGUUCGUGUAUCGUCAGUUUCGAAGCUGAUAUGGACAAACAAAAGAAUAUUGGAAUGUAUUACCCUGUGGCAAACCACGACGUUUUAAAGAAGGGAACGUUUCAAGUCAGCAGCUCAAGGGAGGAAAAUAGAACAUUCUACACAGAACGAACAUUGACAAUACAGCACAAAGGGGCAGGAAAUAGCCCGGAUCGAUCCAUUCCACAUCUUCAAUUUACUGACUGGGAUGAAAUGAAGAAUAUUCCAAGAUCGACAGCAAACUUUCUGUCAUUUCUGAACGUGAUAGAGAAAGUCGUGAAACAGCAAGAUGACGGACCGAUUCUGGUCCAUUGUUUGUAA